AUGAACGAAGGCUUGAAUGGCGGCGAUCCCGCGGAUGACUUCGAGUUGUUCUGGGGCAUGCCGCGGUCAGGUGGGGGAGAUGGCGGCAGCAGCGGCAGCGGCAACAAUCAUGAGAGUCGCGGGGGCGGCGGCCUCACCGACGUCACCGGCGGCGGCGCAGGGUUGAUGUCGUCUCCGACCCUCCGCGGCAGCAGCAGCCGUGCCGGCAACCUGAACACGGCGACGCCGACGCUCAUGGGAAACCUCUGGUCGCACAGCAGCAUGCCGCCAGAGGCGUACGGUCACUCUCUGCACGUGCACGCCAGCCAGGCCGAGGGUCCAGCCCCUACUGCGGCCGGCCUAAACGCCGACCUACACGGGGGCUCACCGCCGCCGCCUGCGAGCUCCCGGCGGCCGGUCUGGCUGCCGCCCCCCAACCAGCACCACCAACACUCGGCGGGAAGAGGAGACGGCAUGCAUGUUAGCAGCAGGCAAUGCCAGCAGCACCUUCCCGCUACUAGCCCUCCGCGGCAACCGGCACGCCCAACUGCUGUGACAGAUGCAAGGGGGCGCGGUAGAAACGGCGGCGAGACUGGCGUUAGCGGCAGUAUCGUCGAGUACAAGCUGGAGGAGCUCGCGGCGGUGAUCACCGCGUCCGUGGUGGGCAAGCUCGAGGUCGACGUUAGGGAAGCGCUGUGGGCAGGCAACCAGCAACAACAGCAUUUGCCAGUUCCUCCUCCUCCUCCUACUGCCGCUGCUGCGGUUCCUAGCCACGAGGACGACCAGAGACGAGUGGCGGCGGCAGUGGAGGCGACGGUGGCACCUCUACGCUCUAGACUCGCGGCUCUCGAGGUAGAGAUAACUCGGCUGUCGGCCGCAAGCAGGAGCGGCAGCGGCGGCAGCGGAGAUGGCGGUCGUGAUACCCCUAAAGGGGUCCGUGGUAAAAGCAGCGGUAGCGGUGGGGGCGUGAAGGGCGGGGUGAGUGGAAACGCUGCGGCAGAGCCAAUCGCUGCCCUCACCGCGCUCGCUCAGCGCACGGGGACCCUCGAGGGCAGGCACAAGCAGCUCCAGGCUAAGGUCGCCCUGCUGGACAACUAUUUCGGUCCCAAGGCGUCGGACUGGGCCCAGACCAUCAAGGCGUUUCUUCAAGAGCGCGUGUCGGAGCCAGCCGCCGGGGUGGCACGAAGAGCAGCGGUCACGGUCGGAACCCGCGGCAAGGGAGGAAAGCGAGGCUUGGGUAUCGACGCGCCGGCGUUUGUCCCUCAAUCAGCAGCGCAAAGAAGCACUGCUGCAGUGUGCGCCAGCGCUAGUAGCGGCCCCGGCCAGGGGGCAGCAAGAGCACCGCCGCCAGCACCAGCACCCUCCGUUGAUGUCGAAGGCGCAAAGCACGAAGAAAGCGCGCCCGAAGUCGUAGGGGCGGCGCAGGGAGACUCUACCGCCGCUGCCGAGUCAACGGCAGCGAAAGGAGCGGCGACAUCGACGGCGACGGCGGCAGCGGUAGGGAAACUUCACCACUGCGCGGGGUGCGCGGAGACGCAGGAAAGCUGCAGCCGGCUCGAGAAACGUGUGGCAGAGUCGGAGCGAGCGCUGUCCUCGCUGCAGAGCCAGGCGGCGGCGGCGGCGACGGAGGCUACCGCUGCAUUGGAAAGCAGGAGAACCGCGGCUGCAGCGGCCACGGCGGCCGUAGAAAAGGCAGCGUCAUUGUAUCAAAAGGCGGCGGCUACGGCUGCGGCGGGGGGAGGAGGGAACUGGGCAUCGAAGACGUCCGUGGAGAAGCUCGCUGCCGCGUUGAGGCAGCUGGCGGCGCGGACCAAGGACGGGGAGGACGCGCUGGCCCUUGUGGACCACGGCCUCAGGGGUGUCCGAGAAGAGAUGGCGCCGUUAUCCCGGUCUGUGUUGACACUGAAGCGGCUGGUGGAAUCCCAACUGAGAGAGAAAGACCAGGCGGCGGAACUCCUCAAGGGUUACGUCACCACUAUAACGAGGGAGGUGGCUGCGAUUUCUCGGCAGCACAUCGCAGGGCUCGUGGGCCCCGGGAGGUUCGCCGCCGGUGCCGCGAACAGCAACAACCACGGCGGCGGGUUCAACGGCGACGGUCGAGUCGAGCCCGCUGCUGCAGCUGCUAACACCAUUCCUGCUGUAACCAUCACCCCCGUUGCCACUACGCCGGCACCACCGCUGGUCGUUGAUUCGUCUUCCGCUGCUGCGGCCGGCGGCGUCAGCAGUAGCAACGUGAUUGCUGCAGCAGAAGACGUAGGAAAGAAGGUAGACAAAGAACCAGAAGAAAGGUUGUGAACCCGCCGUUGCUCCCCCAGCAAAACAUUUUUUGUUGCAACACGACUCCAGUCUUGGAGGCGACGAAACUGAGCCCUUGGGGAUAUGUGUGGUCAGUGGGGUUCGCUUCCCUUCAAACCCCAGGAACAACAAGCACCACGCUGUGUUGGUGUGUGCCUUGAACACAGACAGCGGCGUCGAUUGAACGAGACGGCCAGAGAAAAUCGGUGGUGUGGAUAUAGGUGGCAUUGGAACCUGCUUUGGUUCUGGAUGGCUGUUUUGAGUGUUAGGUAUCUAGUACUGUACUACGCCAUCGGCAGUGGUGUGGUGAAAAUAGUGGUGGUGGUUGUGGUGGUGAUGAUGACACGCCAACUGACGACAAUGAAGGACGAGAUGUGUUGUUGAUGUUGCUGUUUCGACGUGUUCGACCUGAUGUACGCAUACAGCAACGAAUGUUGAUGUUGUAGAAGUGGUUGGCGUUCAAGUACGUUGAUACUCGUGGUGUGUUGUAGGCAGGUAGUUAGAUGGAAUAUGUCCGUUCACGUUCGCUUUCUUUUUGCCCCGAAAGUACAUUGCUUACUCGUAUUGUGGUAGACAAGCAGGCACUACAUGGAACACCAUCGCCCACUCUACUUCAUUUUCUCGCUCGUUUCUGCAAGAGAAAGCGACGCAUCGGGUGUUACGCUGUUUCCCUCCUGCGUGCA